AUGGUCGCAGAGCUGUGUGCAGUCGUGAGAGAAGAAAUCCAGGGAGUGCGUAGAGACCUGGAAAACAGAGUUAAAGAAGUGGAGGCCGAAAGCCAACACGCAGCCCUACGCCAGCAGGAGGCUGAGGUGGCAACCACAAGGCAGGGCUCAAUGAACCUUGAGCUGAGACGCCAAGUUGAAGACAUCGACAACCGUGGCAGACGAAUCAAUGUGAGGAUCCGGGGCCUGCCGGAGGAGUCCCUGCAGGAGGUACUUACUGGUCUAUUCACCCAGCUACUGGGGGAGGAGGGGCAGCGCCUGCCGACUUUGAACUAG